AUGUCACUUUUUGGAACAACGCCGCCAGGCGGCGACGAGCCCUCCGUCUCCACGCCACGCAAGAGCCGCGGCGGCGCCUCUGGCUUGUUCGACGACGAACCGUCGCAAAAGACCUCGUCUAGCAGUCUCUUUGCCGACGACACCCAUGAGGGUGACGAUUCGCCUUGGUCGAUGCCCACGCCACGGAAGCAGCAGUCUCGCGCCGAGAUAAUCCGAAACCUGCUUCCCUCUGGUGAUGUGCCGGAGAGCUACAUCGAGACAUUCGACACUGUGGUCGCAGGAGGACACAGUGUCGGCGCAGAUGGCAUAGCACGCAUCUUUGCUGCCGCAAGGCUGCCGGAGCAAACGACGCAAAGUCGCAUCGUGUCCGUGGUUGCGCCUGAUGCGCGCACCGACGACCUGAGUCUCAGUCGCAACGAAUUCAACGUGCUGUUGGCGUUGGUUGGUCUCGCGCAAGAGGGAGAGAUCAUCAGCCUCGACGGUGUGGAUGAGCGAAGAAGAAACCUACCAAGGCCCAAGCUCGCUGGUUUAACCGCAGAGCCAGUCCUCCCACCUGUCGCUGAGCUCGCUGCCAAACCUCCCCAGACUCCGGCCAAGGAUACUGCGUUUUCACCGCCGUCGCGCGGCAACCACCAGCAACAGCAGCCCUCGCAUCACUCGUCGAACUCGCAGUCGCGCCUGCUUCGUCCCACCAUGGACGAUCCUGAGAUCGACCCAUGGAAUACCCCCGACAUGCAUAAGAACCAUAAUCAUGCCAAACCGAAUGGUGCCGGGACACGCAGCGGCUCAAAUGGAUUCGAUGAUGAACCCUCGCCGUUGAUAGCCGGACGAACCAUUAGCCAACACACGGUCGAAACAAUGGGCGCGAGAUCCCAUGAUGCACAGCAGAGCAGUGCCAAUGGAAACACCCCUGCUUCUGGUGGUGGUGGCGGUUCCGCCGGUAGCUGGGGAGGGUACUUCGAUGGCUCCGGUGCUGGCGCUGGAGCCAACAUUGGACACGGCUAUGGUGGCCAGGAGCAGCACGCCAGUCCCUUUGUCGGCGCUGCAGGUGGUAUCGGGGCCGAAGGGGCGAGCGGUAUGCCGCGUAACAACCCGCUGGCGCCACCGAGGGUGUCCGUUGGUCGACAGGGCGCUGGACCCGAGGAGGCUAUCUUGGUGACGUUGAUGCCAGAGAAAGAGGGCUUGUUCAUGUUCCAGCACCACAACUACGAGGAACUGUCCGUCUGGCGCAAGCAGGCAAGCAUCUCUGUGCAGGACGAGUUUCAGGAGCGUGCGUUACCUCCCGGCCUGGAGGAAUCGCUGCCUCGUGGGCUCGAGGAACUGUUUAGCCGAGUCCAGGCUGGUGUCAAACGCUCGGCUGAGCUUUACAUCAACAUUUGCAACAUUAUGGACCGUUUAGUCAAGAGGCAAGAGGGUGUCGCUGCGGAUCACGGGCGGGUAUCAUCACUCCUAGCGAGCCUCACGGAGACCUCUGCCGACACCUAUGCUACAGACACCAACGAGAUCCCUCUGCUGAACGACGGCCUCACUGCGAUGAGCAAGCACCUCCAAACCGCACAGACCCUGCUCGUGGACGAGAGCAAAGGCUGGGAAGAGGGUGUGCUCGAGGACUUGAAGCGGCAACGUGAUGCCUUGGUGAGCGUGCGGGAGAUGUUUGAGCGACGAGAGCGACUGGACAAGGACAACAUCCCUUCCUUGGAGAGAAAGAUCCAAUCCAAUGAGACCAGGCUGGCCAGCCUGCGAUCCAAGCCCGAAGGCACAACUAAAGCUGGCGAGGUAGAGCGUGUGGCAGAGAGCAUCAUCAAGGCUAAAGAAUCCAUCGUGCAGCAGCACAACAGGAGCAUUUUCAUCAAAGAGUGUCUCCGCGACGAGCUCAUCACCUUCCAGUCGAGCCAAUACCAUGUCAGCCGCUGGAACCAGGAUUGGGCGGGCGAGCGCGUCAAGUACGCAGAGAUGCUCGCUGACAACUGGCGCCAGCUUAUAGAUGAGCUUGAGGGUAUGCCCCUGGGAGACUAG